AUGUCUGAAUAACACUUAUAGGAGAGCAAAUUUACUUAUGUAAAGUUUAUUUUAAUUUUAGAGUUCAAAUUUAGUGGUUUAGAGAGAACAUGGUGUUAGAACAGAUGAGCCUUCUGGAGAGCCUGAAUCAUUGGUUGGUAAAAUAAAUCCAAGAUUGAUGGGUACUAAAGCAAUUAGAGAGAAACCAAUGAAGGGAAAUAAAUAAUAAGGUUUAAAAUUAGAUAGAUAAGUUGAAAUUGAAGUGGAAGAAGGAAUAGGGAUGCCAACUUAUGAAAAUUUAUUGUAUAUUCCAAAAACAAAAGAUAAUCGAUUGCAUUAUGAAAAAUUAUUAACUAUAGUUUAUGGAUUAUUUUAAGAAUAAUCAUAAGAUGUAAUUAAGUCAAUUGUAGAUGAAGUAUUAGCUAUAAUGAAGAAUGAUAAUUUAAAGGAUUCAGAGAAAAGAUAAGAAGUAGAAGCUAUAAUAGGAAGAAUAACAAAUGAAUUAUUUUCAGAUAUUGUAUUAUCAACAAAGGCUAUUACUGAUUAUCAACCAGAAGUUGGUUAAAAAGGAAAUGAUGAAAUGGAUUUACCAUUGAAUUUAGAAGAGGAAUAAGAAUCUAGUGAUGUUGAUUAAAUUAUAGAGGAAGAGGAUGAUUGGGAGGAAUAAAAUGAAUAAGCAAUAAAAACAAAGAUUUAAGAAGAAUAAAAUAGAAAUAAAUUAUUGGAUAUUGAUGGAUUUUGGUUAUAAAGAGAAUUAUAGAAAAUAUAUAAAGAUCCUAUUUAAGCAUAAUAGAUGGAAUAGACAGUAUUGGAUAUAUUGAAAUUGUAAUCUGAUAUAGAUUGUGAAAAUUAAUUAGUUUAACUAUUUGGUUAAGAUAAAUUUGAUUUGAUUAGAUUAUUACAUAUAAAUAGAUGUAAAAUCUAUUUUUGUACUUUAUUAAGUAGAGCAUAGAGUAUAGAAUAGAGAUAAUAAAUUCAUUAAUAAAUGGAAUAAACUUAAGAAGGAAUGAGAUUAUUGAUAGAUUUAUAAAAGUAAAAUAAAUAUAGUAAGAAUACAACAUAAUUAUAAAUAACAUAAGAAGAUAUUGAAUAAUUUGAGAAUAUUAGCAUAGUAGAUUCAGAUUUAUAAGGAAUGUCUAAAAAAGUAAUAGAUUUAGAAUAAUUAUAAUUUAUAUCAUAAGGUCACUUGAUGUCAAAUGAGAAAUGUCAUUUACCUCCUCGUUCAUUAAAAGUAAGUAAGAAAGGUUAUGAAGAGAUCUAUAUACCUGCUCCAAAAUGUAUUAUGAGGAAUUAGAGUCUGAUUUAAAUAAAUGAAAUACCUGAAUUUGCAUAAUAAGCAUUUAGAGGAUUCAAAGAAUUAAACACAAUUUAAAGUAUUGUUUAUGAAACAGCACUAUUAAGUGAUGAGAAUAUGUUAAUAUGUGCUCCUACAGGUGCUGGUAAAACAAAUGUAGCUCUUUUAACAAUGUUAUAAACAAUAGGUCAAUAUUAUGAAAAUGGUAUUGUAGAUAUUUAAAAAUUUAAAAUCAUCUACAUUGCUCCAAUGAAAGCAUUAGUAAAUGAAAUGGUACAUAAUUUCUAAAAUAGAUUAGAACCAUAUAAUAUUAAAGUUGCUGAAGUAACAGGUGAUACUCAUUUAACUAAACAUUAAUUAAAUACAAUUUAAGUAUUAAUAGCAACACCUGAAAAAUGGGAUAUAUUAACUCGUAAAACUUAAUAAAAUGAUUUCAUAUCAUUAGUGAGAUUAAUAAUUAUUGAUGAAAUACAUCUAUUACAUGAUAGUAGAGGUCCAGUUAUUGAAUCAAUCAUAGCAAGAACAUUGAAAUCUAUGGAAGAAAGAUAAGAAUAUGUAAGAAUAGUUGGAUUGUCAGCUACAUUACCAAAUUAUGCAGAUGUUGCAACAUUUAUUAGAGUUAAAUAGACUGGAGUAUUCUUUUUUGAUAAUUCUUACAGACCUGUUCCAUUAUAAUAAUAAUAUAUAGGUAUUAAUGAAAUGAAACCUAUCAGAAGAAUGCUUUUAAUGAAUGAAGUAUUAUAUGAAAAAGUAAUUGAAAGAAUUACUAAAUCAUAAAUCUUAGUUUUUGUUCAUUCCAGAAAAGAAACUGUUAAAACUGCUAAAACUCUUAAAGAAAUGGCAUAUUCUAAAGAUGAAUUAUCUAAAUUUAUUAAAGAGGAAAGUUCAUCUAAAAAAAUAUUAGAAACUGUAAUUGCAUAAGAAGAUAUUAAAUCUGCAGAUCUAAAAGAAUUAUUAGCAAGUGGAAUAGCUAUACAUCAUGCAGGAUUAUGUAGAGGAGAUAGAGAUUUAGUUGAGAGUCUCUUUGAAAAAAAGAAUAUAUAAAUUCUAAUAUCAACUUCUACAUUGGCUUGGGGAGUUAAUUUACCUGCACAUACAGUAAUUAUUAAAGGAACAUAAAUAUAUUCACCUGAAUAAGGAAAAUGGAUGGAAUUGAGUCCUUAAGAUAUCUUAUAAAUGAUGGGUAGAGCAGGUAGACCUAGAUAUGAUACAUCUGGUGAAGGAAUUAUAUUAACAACUUAUUAAGAAUUAAAAUAUUACUUAUCUCUUUUGAAUAUGUAAUUACCAAUUGAAUCAUAAUUUAUUACCCAAUUAGCUGAUCAAUUAAAUGCAGAAGUUGCUCAAGGUAAUAUUAAGAAUCUAAAAGAUGGAGUAAAUUGGUUAGCUUACACUUAUUUAUAUGUUAGAAUGCUAAGAAAUCCUACAUUAUAUAAUAUACCAGAUUUUAAUAAUGAUUAGUAUUUAAUUAAAUAUCGAGCUGAUCUUUUACAUUCUGCCUCCCUAUUAUUAGAUAAAAAUAACUUAAUUACAUAUGAUAAAAAGACUGGAAAUUUGGAAAGUACAAUUUUAGGUAAGAUUGCAAGUAAUUAUUAUAUCAAAUAUCCAAGUAUGUAAAUAUAUAAUCAACAUUUGAAAUAAAAUAUGGGAAUGAUUGAUAUAUUUAAAGUAUUCUCUUUAUCUCAUGAAUUUAAAUUAAUUCCAAUUAGAGAAGAAGAAAAAAUAGAAUUGUCUAAAUUAAUGAUGAGUGUACCUGUACCAAUUAAAGGCUCACCUGAAGAUCCUUCAACUAAAAUUAAUGUCCUUCUUUAAGCAUAUAUUAGUAGAUUAAAAUUAGAAGGAUAUGCUUUAAAUUCAGAUAUGGUCUAUAUUACAUAAAGUGCAGGUAGAAUUAUGAGAGCAUUAUAUGAAAUAUGUUUACAUAAAGAAUGGGCUUAGAGUACCUUAUAAUGUCUCUAAUUAUCUAAAAUGAUUGAAAAAAGAAUGUGGAAUUGCAUGACUCCACUUAGAUAAUUUAAAGGAUUACCAGACGAUUUAUUAAGAAGAAUUGAAAAGAAAGAAGGAAUCACUUGGGAACAUCUUUAUGCUAUGUCAUCUUAAUAAUUAGGAGAAUUAAUUAGAUAUCAAAAUUAGAAUAUGACUAAAUUAAUACAUAAAUACAUUCACAAAUUUCCAAAAAUUGAAAUAUAAGCUUUUGCUUAACCAAUAACUAGAUCAUGUCUUCGAAUAGAUCUAAUGUUAUCAUGUGAUUUUUAAUGGGAUGAAAAACUUCAUGGAAGACAAGAACCCUUUCAUAUAUAUGUUUUGGAUUCAGAUGCUGAAAAAAUAUUAUAUCAUGAAUUAUUCCUAAUGAAAUAAAAGAAUCAAGAAAUGUAAUUUACACUCACAGUUGCAUUAUUUGAUGUUAUGCAUCCUAUCUAUUAUAUCAAAGUUAUCUCAGAUAAAUGGAUAUCAUGUGAAACCGAGUAGCCUAUCCCUUUUAAAAAUCUAAUCUUGCCAGAACCAUUUCAUAGAUGUACAGAGUUGCUUCAAUUAACUUUAUUAUCUAUUGAUUAAAUUAAACAUUCAUAAAUUGAGAAUAUUCUAGCUAAGAAAAUAAUGCAUAAUCGAUAUUUUGAUUAGAUUUAAACUUAAGUAUUUCAAAACUUAUAUCAAUCAAAUGAUAAUAUUUUUAUUGGAUCAUCAACAUAUUAAUCAAAAGGCAUAUUGCCAUUCUUAGCUAUUUUAUAAAUGAUUAAUCAUUUUAAAGGUUAUAAAGCAAUAUAUAUUUCAUCAAUUAACUGUGAUAUUAAGUUUAAUUAAUUUGUUUAAUUAUUUAGUAAGACGCUAUCAUUAAAAAUUGGUAAACUUACUGGAUAAUUAUAAACAGACAAUAAAAUCUUGGAAUUAUCUGACAUUAUUGUUUCAAAUCCAGUUAAUUGGGAUAUAAUGAGUAGAAGAUGGCGAUCUAAAAAAGGAUUUAAAGAUAUUCGAUUAUUGAUAGCUGAUGAUUUACAUACUUUGAAUCAAUCAGGAAGUGUUAUGGAAGUUAUAGUUUCUAGAAUGAGAAUGAUAUCUAUGGAAAUUCCAUUUAGAAUUGUUGGUUUAUCAUUAUCUGUAGCUGAUUAUAAAGAAAUGAGUGAAUGGUUAGGAAGUAAAUAUACAUUCAACUUUUCACCUAUUAUAAGACCUAACAAUAUCUAAAUUUAGAUUAGUUCAUUUGAUUAAUGCUAAAGGCCAUUAAGAAUAUAAGCAAUGAUUAAAUCAUUAAAACCAAGUUUAUCUACAUCAGAAUUAAAUAUUAUAUAUGUAUCUGACCGAAAAUAAGCAAGAGUUUGUGCCUUAGAACUUAUGAUCAACAAUAAUUUUUAAUUAUCUGGAUUCUAAAUUAAGGAAGAUUAAUAUCUUUAACAUACACUUUAAGCAUCUGUAGGAUUCUUAUAUGAAUGUAUGGAUCCUUAAGAUGAAAAUGAAGUAUUGAAAUUUAUUCAAUCUAAUGAAUUAAAGAUUAUAGUUCUUCCAUACAAACAAGCCUUACAUUAUAAUUUAAAAGGAUAAGUCUUUAUUUUAGAUAAUUAGAAAUAUGAUGGAAUUGAAAAGAGAUAUGUAGAUUAUACUAUUGCAGAAAUGUUAGAAAUGAUAGAAAGUACAUCAUCUUUAUGUCAUAUUCUUACAUAUACUCCAAAAUAAGAGUACUAUAAGAAAUUCUUAUAUGAGCCGAUGCCAAUUGAAUCGCAUUUAAAUCAUCAUUUAGCCAAUCACUUAAAUGCAGAAAUAGUAGCAAAGAAUAUUCAUAAUACUCAAGAUUGUAUUGAUUGGAUAACUUGGACAUUUAUGUAUAGAAGAUUAACAUAAAAUCCUAAUUACUACAACCUUCAUGAAGUUAAUGGAGUAGCCAUUAAUAAUUAUCUUAGUGAACUUAUUGAAACUACAAUAGAUGAAUUACAUGAAAGUAAAUGCAUAGCAGUUGAAGAAGAUAAUGAAUUAGAAGCCAUCAACUCUGGUAUCAUUGCUAAUUAUUAUUAUAUUAAUAUUGAAACAGUUAAGAAUUUCUCAGAUAAAAUUAAUUCCAAUUCUAAAUUAAGAGACCUCUUGUUUAUUUUAUCUGAAGCAAAAGAAUUUGAAGUACUUAAUAUUCGAAAUGGAGAAGAAAAUCUGUUGGCAUAAUUACUCUAAAAGAUUCCAUAUUAACCAACUAAUCCUAAAUUGAAUGAACCUAAUACUAAGGCUUUAAUCCUUUUAUAAGCUCAUUUUUCUAGAACUAAAUUAAAUUCAGAUCUCAAAUCAGAUCUUAAUAUUUUAGAACUGGCUAUUAGAUUAAGUACAGCCAUGGUAGAUAUAGCUUCAUCCAAUUUAUGGUUAAAACCUGCUAUUCUAUCCAUGUAAAUUUGUUAAAUGAUUGUUCAAAGUCUUUGGAUUGAUUAAGAUAGUGUCUUAUUAUAAUUGCCUUAUUUUAAUUAAAAUACCAUUUAAGAACUUAAAGAAAGAAACGUUUAAGAUUGGGCAGAUUUCUUUGAUAUGUAAGAAUCUGAUAGAACCUUUAUUUUAUCGAAUUUUACAUCAAACUAAGUUGAGGAAAUAGCUUAAGCAGGAAAUAGGUAUUAAUUUUCUAUAAAUUAGAAUACCAUCUGUUGAAAUUACCGAUAUCAUAUCAGAUCCUUAAGUUGUAUAAGGAGAUGUUUUUCAUGUCUAGGUUAUUUUAACAAGGCAAGAUAAUAUUUAUACUGAUUAUGUAAUUGCUCCUAAUUAUCCUAAACCAAAAGAAGAAUAAUGGUGGGUAUUAUGUGCUGAUAGAAAAUCAAAUCGAUUAUUUGGUAAUAAAAAGGUCUCUUUUUCAACAAACAUUAGAGUAGAUCUCAGAUUCUAAGCCCCAGAAGCUGGUGAUUAUGAUUUGACUAUUUAUGCUAUUUGUGACUCUUAUAUUGGAGUAGAUACAACAUCUCAAUUUCAAUUAACAGUUAGUCCUAUCAUUGAAUAAGAAUAAGAAUAAUGA